UCAUCAACUCUUUUAAAUAAGUGUUUUGUCGGUUUUGGAAAUAGUAAGAGAUGGCCCUUUCUGGAAAGUUAAUUUGUUAUUUAGAGAUUAGUAAGAAGGGAAAUGUCUUCCUUGAUAUCUUUAGAUACAACCCACACGAGUUUUCUACAAUAUGUCCUCAUAAGGUUCAUGCAUGUGAACUGAUUGAAGGUGAUCGGGGGGCCGUUGGAUCUCUCGUCCAUUGGCACUACACUCAUGAGGGAAAGAAGAAAAUUGAUAAAGCCAUAAUCGAAGCUGUUGAUGAGGAAAAGCACAAGAUCGUGUUCGACGUAAUCGGAGGAGAUCUAGUGGAGGAUAAAUACAAGACCAUGAAAGUCAUAUUUCAUACUGAAAAAAAGGGUGAUGCACAAGUGCUAACUGUGACACUUGAGUUUGAGAAGCUUAACACAACUGUACCCUAUCCAACUUCUUUUAUGGACUGGUUUUGCAAUGUGCUUAAGGACAUAGAUCUAUGCAUAUAAUAACACUAAACAAGUUCUAAUAAACAAAUGAACUGAAGGGAAGUUAUGGGUGUUUCUCCGAAUGUUUGAAUAAACUACGUCAACAAUGAAUAAAGAGAAAGAGAAGUUAAUGUGUGCUGGUGUAAUUUGUAUACGAUGAAUCGUUUUAAUAUAGUAUAUUAUUCUCGUUCGCC